GUCUGCAUGUUCCACGUCGGCGCCUGUCGUCAGAUCCGCAAGGCAUUUCGGGCUACUGGAGGCUGAUUCGCCCAAUAAUACAAACAAGCCACUGGACAUAGUGGAAACGGUUGAACACGCGAAAAGCCGUUUGCUUAUGAAUUAACACAAAUUCAGUCUCCAUGAAUGCAUGCUUUUAUUAUUUCCUCGCUCUUUUGGAAGUGGCAGUAUAUAAUUGCGCAUGAACUGGGAUAAAAUAUCCAGCACGCGUGACCAAUAGCUAACAUAAUCCUACUAUAGGAAACACACAGUAACACUCCAGUAUGGCGGACAGUAUGAUGAGUAAAGCAGCCACUAUGGAGAUCCCUAUUAACAGUAAUGGGGACUCUAGGAAUCUGGCAGAAGAUGACAGCCUGGAGCAGGCUGCAAAGAUUCAGUGGAGCUUAAGAGAGAAGGUAGGGAGUCCCACAGGCCUCAGGGACUUACAGCAGGUCAUGGUGUCUGGGCCCAACCUAAAUGAGACCAGCAUUGUAUCAGGUGGUUAUGGAGGUACAACAGAAGGCAUCAUUCCGACCAGCUCCAUCAAAGACCUGCGAAUGAAGUCUAGGGGUGUUAGCAUUGCCCCAAGCCAGAUUGCUGCCUGCCGAAUAGCCCACCAAUCAGAAGACAUCCCCUGUAUCCCAGGGUCCAACAUGCAUCAUGGCAGUAGCAAUUCCUCAAUGACAGCAGAAGAGGCCACAAGAGGUGUUGCUGUGGAGAAAUUUGACAUCGUGAAGAAAUGGGGCUUGAACACAUACAAGUGCACCAAACAGAUGAUCUCUGAGAGGUUUGGCCGUGGCUCACGUACUGUGGAUUUGGAGCUGGAGGCUCAGAUCGAGGUUCUGCGGGAAACCAAACGGAAGUACGAGAGUGUGCUGCAUUUGGCACGAGCGCUAACCAACCACUUUUACAGCAUGGUGCAGACGCAGCACGCCCUCGGAGACACUUUUGCCGACCUCAGUCAGAAGUCUCCAGAACUUCGGGAUGAGUUUGGAUAUAAUGCAGAAACACAGAAGUUGUUGUGCAAGAAUGGAGAGACUCUGCUCGGUGCCAUCAACUUCUUUGUGUCCAGCAUCAACACACUGGUGAACAAAACAAUGGAAGACACAUUGAUGACUAUCAAGAUGUAUGAGAAUGCCAGACUAGAGUUCGAUGCAUACAGAGCAGAUCUGGAAGAGUUGAACAUGGGCCCACGGGACGCUGUUACUAUGGCUCGUAUCGAGGCUGCUCAGCAGCAGUACCAGAUCCACAAGGACAAAUAUGAACGUCUCCGCAGUGAUGUCAGCAUCAAGCUCAAGUUCCUUGAAGAAAACAAGGUCAAAGUGAUGCACAAGCAACUUCUGCUGUUCCAUAAUGCCAUCUCUGCCUACUUUGCUGGAAACCAGCAACAGCUGGAACAGACCCUCAAGCAGUUCAACAUUAAACUCAAACCACCAGGGGCUGACAAACCUUCUUGGCUGGAGGAACAGUGAAAGUGCCCGUUUACCCCUGGUUUCCUGUUAUAUGUCUUUAGCCACACAGAGCAACACAGUAGGACCACAAGAGACCAGCGUUCUGAGAUGCUAGCAGAGACAGGGGCUCCAACAAAGCCUCCUUCACACUAACUCUCUCUAUACUUCUCUUCCUUAAUUCUUCUCCUCAACCUGUUCUUGCUCUGAGACUGUUUUCAAGUGUCUGAAUAGUCACCUCUAGUAUGUAACCGGUCCUAAAGGCUCCAAUCAAAUGUCAAAGGUUUCAGUUUCAGCUUCAUCCAUAUAAAUAUCAUUAAACCGACUGAAACAAUCUUUCUGAUAUAUCAGUCAGAACAGCUGUUUUUUUCCAGAUUAUGCUCGGUCUUACACACUCUCUCUCUGUCAGUGACCACAUCUUUAGGAACUCUUUCCUUUUGUUUUUCUGUGAAAAGCGUUUUAUUUUGCUACUACUGUCUUUUUUCUGUAUUGUAGAUUUGGUCUUGUUGGUAAUGGGGGAUGCAAAUUAUUCCUAUCACAGAGCUUUCAGUGUUCAGUGUCGGUGGUUCUAACAAAAAGUAAUUUUAUUUUGAUAAAAUUCAGAUGUAGUUUUAUCUGAUAUUGAUAUUGGUAUUGCAUCCUUGUACAUUUGUAUGUUUGCUAGGCCAUGAGAGUACUGUUAAGUCAAUCCUUGUCCAGUUGUCUUUCUUUAAAAUACUUUGAAUACAUGAAAUACUACAUUUAAUAUCUUAAAAUGAGUUACUCAUUUUAAGUUAUUUAACCUCAAAGUAAUAAUACUGAAAAAUGUUAUGGACUGAAUUUCAUCAGAUGUGGAUACAGUUUCCUGCACGUUUUAACAAAGUUCUGGAACAUGAAUCUAAAAUCACUGUCUUGACUCAAUAUUGUUAUUUUAAAGCUUUGAAUUUAUCAAGCAUGAUUGUUUUCUCUAAAGAAGAUUGUUUUUUUUUUUUUUUUUUUUCAGUUUGUUUUAUUUGGACAAUUAUAGUUUGUCGUAUUAUGUACCCGUACAUAAUGCCGUAGAAUAUUUGUAUGUAUAUUAUGUUCAUUUUUAAGUUAAUAAUCAUAAGUUAAUCAAGGAAGUGUAUGUGUGAGUUGUAUUUGAUUUUUAUUGAGGCCCAUUGUUAUCUGCCUCUUUAUUCACCAAAAUAUGCACUAGAGUUUAUGUACUGACCUGUGUUCUAUUAACAUCAGCAAAGCCCUAAUAUUGUGCAUUCAAAUUGCAAUUGGUUCUGAUGUACCCUGUGUUAAAUGCCUUUAUCUGCCUUGGUUAAAAAAAAAGGCAAUUUUCCCCAAUGAAAUAUUUAUAUACCCAUUAAUAUCACGGUAAAAAUUAUUAUAAUUUUUUUUCUGUCUUUUUAGUGCUAAUGUAUUAUUACAUUAACCCUCACAAGUUUCACAAAAAUAUAGUACAAAAUCAAACAGAUUUUGUAAUAAUUUAACAAUAUAAACAUUUCAAAGUAUAUAUUUUUUGUAUGCAUUUUUAUUUGUGAUCAGAUGAUGAGUCUUGCUGGGUUUUCAUUCACUGAAAAUAUCUACAUAAUGCUCAUUGAUAGCCUUUUUUUUCUAUAAAUUAGUAAGAUUUUUUUUCAACAUGCUCAAAAUACACUUGGAAAUGUUUUUGCUUAAAACAGACUUGGUGCAGUGAUAAUGGUUAAAGUGCAGACUGUCAGAUUAUAGUUUGUCAGCCUAGUUUUAUUUUUUUAUUUCAUUACGCAAGACUGAAAUAACGACUAUGAUCUAAUGUUCAGUACUUUUGAACAUUGCAUUAAAUCUUUCUAAGCUUGAGAUGAAGCAAUACUGAAGAUGUUUUUAAAAGUGUAUUUUCAUGUAUGCCUAUAUUGGCUGUCCCUUGUGUGUUUCUGCAUGGCAGGUCUGAUGACAUUAGCUGUACAUUUCCAUGCAUUGUGAUUCAAUCCUGUUCAAUGUAUCAGUAAAACACUACAUGGGUAGUAGUGCAGGAAAAUGUUUUUAGGAAAAACAAAACAGAAAGGUUUCUAGUGAAUGUUAAAGAAUGCUUGAAAUUUAGUUUGAAUGUCAUUGUCAACUAUUGAAGAUCGUACAAUGUCUGUUUUUUUUUUGUUGUUUUUUUUUGUUACAUUUCAUUUAAAUUAAAUUGACUAAAUUUUGUUUUUAAGGACCACAUGGUGACCCUAGAAGAGAGACUUUUUUUUAUCUCAAAUAUUUUGUUUAUAUCCUGGCACAUUUGUCAGGCUGCAGAGAUGGUAGUGUGUGUGAUUUUCAUCUUCAUAGAUGGAGAAAAGGGUUCCAUCUUGAGCCCCAGAGACUGAACUGAUUCAUGAAGUGAUGGACAUUUUUACCAGACCAAUGGGAUUUUAAAUUUAGACCUCCUGAACACUAAUUAAAUUUCAUUUUCUUUUAGGUCAAAUGCAUCCAUUAAGUUUUUUGUUUUUGUUGUUGUUGUUUUUUUUUUUAAUUGUUCUGGGAUUAUCAUUCUUACUAUUAUUAUUUUGAUUUCGGUUAACAGAAGUGUUUGGCAUUGAAAUGUGUACUCCAUUAGUAGUUUUAGAGCAUAGCAGAAUGAAAGGGUUAUAAAUAUUAACUUAUUUAUACAAUCAAUAUUUUAGGCUGCUUUGUGGUAUUGUAGUUUAUGAAUGAUUGUAUAUAUGUAAAGAUAAUUGACAGAUUUUGAAACUGGAAUCCCAUGAUGUUAGCCUUUACUCCUGGCUUUGACCAAACCUUUGACCAACAAACGUACAAGAACCCAACAGAUAAAAUUUGAAAAGUUUGCAAAAAUGGUCUUUGUG